UUGAAGAAACAUUCAGUUCAACAGCUUGUUGCCAUUGAAUUCCAUUUCAUUCAUUGAAAAAAAAGACCAUGAAUCAGUUGCUUCAACAAGUUAUUGGAGUUCCAAUCAAAGCAGAAACAUAUGAAGUUGAGAGAACAUCAAAGCUUUGCUUACCUGAUGCUACUGGCCAAUACCACAUUUCAUCACAAGGCUCUAUAAAAAGUAAAGGAAACUUUGUACUUCAAAGGAUGAACUUGCUGGGGAAGAAAGCAGACACUUUCGCCCAUGGAGUCCGAGAGCAUGUGAGAUUGGGGCCAAAGAUAAGUGAAACAGUGAAGGGAAAGUUGAGUUUGGGGGCAAGGAUUCUUCAAGUAGGAGGCUUGGAGAAGAUUUUCAAGCAAUUAUUUAGUUUCACAGAAGGAGAGAAGCUGUUGAAGGCUUGCCAAUGUUAUUUAUCAACAACAGCAGGCCCUAUUGCCGGUGUACUUUUCAUUUCCUCUAAAAAAGUUGCCUUUUGCAGUGACAGAUCAAUCAAAAUCCCGUGUGGAAAUGGAGAAUUCCUCAAAAUCCAUUACAAGGUUUUGAUUCCACUAGAGAAAAUGAAAGGGGUUAACCAAAGUGAAAACAUGAAGAAACCAUCUCAAAAGUAUAUGGAAAUUGUUACAGUUGAUGGUUUUGAUAUCUGGUUCAUGGGAUUCUUGAAUUACAAGAAAGCUUUCAAGUAUCUUCAACAAGUAAUCUCACAGAGACUAUAUGAUGUAGAAGUCACUUUCUAGGUGGCUUUAAGAAAUGUUUUCAUCAGAUUGUUUUGUUGAUGAAAUGAGGAAAAAGGUAAUC